ACCGUUCAAAAAGGUCGCACUGUUCACGACGGCCAUUACCUUGCGCGCAAAGAACUAAUGCAAGACUCCGGUUUGCGCAUGUUAGAGCAACAUCUAACGGACUCGUCCAAAAAGACGAAGUUUCUAUGA